AAUGGGCUGAUUUUUUUCAUCAGAAGAGGACAACUUGCAAAUAGAGAAACAAAGUUCAAUAAAAGUUGAUACCCAAAGAACCACUCAGGCCCAAAUCAUUGGUCAAAUGAAAAAGGAAGAGAAGAAAGUAUCCCUAAACCCACUGGAAAGAUACCAUAUUAGCCCAAAAGUUCUAGGUGCAGGAGGAUUCGGUAAGGUAUUCCUUGCCAAGCUUGUUGAUGACCCUGAGAGCAAAUUUGCUAUUAAAGCUCUUAACAAGAGGCAUAAUAAAAUGAAGUUUGCCGAUGUUAAGAAAGAAAUAGAGUUUUUACAAAAACUUGAUCAUAAACAUAUCAUAAAGUACUUUGAAGCUUUCCAGGACCGGAAAUACGUAUAUAUCGUCACUGAGUACUGCCCAAACGGAGACUUGUUUGACUACAUAAAGAAUGAAGUCAGCGAGAAUGGCUCAUUCAAGGAAAAUGAGGCUUGAAAAAUUAUGAGAACCCUUCUCAAAACUGUAAACUACCUUCAUUCAAUGAACAUUGCACAUCUUGAUAUAAAGCCAGAGAACAUUAUGUUGGGAGAGGAUAAAAAUCUGAAACUUAUUGACUUCGGGAUCUCAAAGCAAAUGGAAAAUGAGAAGUUUAGUGGCAUUGUUGGCAGCUCUUUCUACAUCGCCCCUGAGGUAAUCGCAGGGAAGUAUGAUCUUAAGUGUGAUAUCUGGUCUUGAGGUGUAAUACUAUACAUUCUCUUGUGAGGAUAUCUUCCAUUCAACGGUCAGAACACUAACGCAGUAUUGAAGAAAAUCAAACUUUGUGACUUAAAUUUUACACAUAAGGAAUUUAGCAGUAUCAGUGAAAACGGGAUGGAACUCGUCAAGAUGAUGCUUGACCCCGAUCCCAAGACCAGAUGCUCUGCUGCAGAAUGUCUUGAGCAUCCUUGGUUCACUGAUAGGAAUUCGAUCAAAAAUAUUCAGGAAAAUGAAGAAAUUGAUCUUAAGAUUGUGCAAAAUAUCAAGGAUUUCAAUACAGGGUCUAUCAUCAAGAAGAAGGCAAUUAAUGUCCUGGUCAAGUUCAUGACUUCAAGAGAAAUUUCAGAUCUGAACACUUUGUUUGAGAGAAUCGAUACCGACCAUACUGGGUUCAUUAAGAUUGAGGAGCUAGCGAAGGCUCUGAAGAAAGUUGACAGAGAAAUCUCUCAAGACGAGAUCGACGGGAUCUUUAAAGGAAUUGAUAUACAAGGAAACCAGAAAAUUAACUAUAGUGAGUUUAUAGCAGCUACCCUGAACGUAAAGGAAACUUUGACAGAGGCAAAACUUCUUACGUUGUUUAAGAAUUUUGAUCUGGAUAACUCAGGAUAUAUCACACUGGAAAAUCUUCAAGGAGCUUUUCAGAAAUUUGGAAAUAAUAUUAGUAAAUCAGAGUUAUCUAGGGUCUUCGAUCAACAUGAUGUAGCCAAAGACGGAAAACUUUCAUAUAAGGAAUUCGAAAGAAUGAUGCUUGAUAAGGAUGAUGAUUCCUCUGAAGGUGCAUAAAACCCACCAUUUCCAUGUGCAUUUUUGGAUUCAACAACUUAA